AUGCAGAGCAGCGCCACUGACUCGCUCUCUCUCUCUCUGUGUGUAUGAAGUCUCUCUCUCUCUCUCUCUGAGCGUUUCAGCAGAAAGUAACCCCAGUCCGCGAAUGCCUGUGGGACUGUAGGCUGGAGUGGAGAAGUUAGGUUUUGUUGACAUUUAAAAAAUAAGAAAACAAGGAUGAAAGCGAUAAACUUGGACACGUUCAGCCUGUCGCUGCUCACCGCUAAAGAGGACAUCCUCAACGGCCGCGCAUCCGCAGACUGGGCGUUGUUUGCAUAUGAGGGACUCACCAACAACCUGAAGCUUUUUGAUUCUGGAAAUGGAGGCUUAACAGAAUUGACCCGGAAGUUUCACAUUGCCAAACCCAUGUACGGACUCUGCAGGAUUACACUGUCUGAAGCGGGACAGCCACGGAUAGUCCUGAUCUGCUGGGUUGGAGAGGAUGUGGAUGAGUAUCGGAGGACAGAAUGUGCAAAUCAUGUGCCUGCAGUCAAAAACUUCUUCAAGGAAGCCCAUGUGUUUAUCAGUGCGUCUAAUAAAGAUGAGCUGACUGAGGAAAAGAUUGCAGCUGUUCUGGCAAAAGUUCGACCACCGAUGGAGAGAUUUAGAAGAAACUCGAGACCAACAGCGAAAGAAGAGACCGUGGGAACAAACUACAGGAAGACGAACGCUGCCAUGGAGAUGAGAUGGAUUAACAGAGACUCCUUCUGGGCACGUGCAGAGCGUGAGGAAGAGGAGAGGAAGGAGGAGGAGAAGAGGAAGGCUAUGGAGGACAGGAGACGCCGGGAGAGAGAAAGAGUUCUGCAGGAAAGGAAAGAGGCUGAGGAGAGAGACAGAAAGAUGAACGAAAAACUGCAGAUGAUCGAGGAGCAAAAGAGAUUGGAUGCCAAACGUCGGGAAGAAUCUAGAAGACAAGAGAAAUCUCGAUGGGAGGAGCAGCAGAAAGAGCAUGAAGAAGAGAUGCGGGCUCGCCUCCGACGCAGCGAGUCCAUAGAGAAAGCAGCCGAGGCAGCAGCCCUCAUUUCCCAGCGCUCCAUGAACCCACGAGAGUUUUUCAGGCAGCUGUCACAAAGCUCCACCAGCCCUGUAUCCCCACGCUCAGGCAAACCUCCAUUCCGUCGUUACCAGCGCAGUUUGACGGACACCGCAUUCAUCUUCGAGAGAGCCAGUGCCAGUAGCGGUCCCACUUCUCCACUCAGCCCGUCUGUCACAUCCCCUUUCUCUCGCACACCGACCAGCCCUUUCAAUCGCUGCAUUUCUCCAACCAGUCCAGGAUUCCGUCCAAUAACAUCUCCCCAAAGCCAUCAUACCCCUGUGAGGACUCCUCCCUCAUCUCCUGUUGAGUGCUCUGCCCCACCAGUGUCCUCUCUGCCCAGCCUGCCAGAUUCUAAAACUCCUCCACCUCAGUCUGCUCUUCCUGAUCUUCCUGCUGCCCAGGUCUCUGCUGUCACUGAGUCGUCAGGUGAGGUCGAGAGGAAAUCAUUCAGUGCAGAUGUUAGUGAAGAGGAACCUGCUACUGUCCUAAACGCUCCAUCUGCACCCCUGCCUGAGAACCCAGUUCCAUUGAAGGAGCCAGUUUCAGAGUUCCUCAGCGAUACCCGCAUGUCGAGUGAGAUAGAGGAAGAGUUAAUAAUCAUCAUUGGCCCAGAGGAAGAAGAGCCAGAAUUACCACUGGAAGCAUGCACCGCCUAUCUUCCAUCCACAGAAACAUCCUGCAGCUCAGAGGGUCCAGCUAAAGAGGAGCAGGCUGACAUGGCACGAUCAGAAGCCGUCGCAGUUUUCCAUCUUGCUGAGGUGGAGGAACCUAUAGAGGAGGAAGAACCAGAGCAGGAGGGAGAUGAACAAACAGCAGAGUUUGGUUUAAGCAGGGAACAACCAGAGUCUGAAACAUCAGCCAGUGAUGAACCAACCCUGGUAGAAGAGACUGAGGCUGAUGUUAAAGAUGAAACGGAGGUGUGUGUGGAGGAGACUAAGAACUUUGUGAUUGAAGAAGAAAGGCCAGACCAGAAUGGCAUAUGUCCUCAGAAUGGUACAGCCAAGGAAUGUGAUGAUUCGUCUGACCAUAGCACACCAGAGAAGUGCACUUACAUAGUCAAUCGCGAGGAAACUGAGGAAGAUGUGCAGAUUGAAGAAGCAGAGAACGGAGAGUCCUCAGCAGACAGACCACUUCUACGUGUGCGAGCGCUCUAUGAUUACCAAGCAGAGGAUGAAACGGAGAUUUCCUUCGAGCCUGGGGACAUCAUCAUGGACGUGGAAACGGUGGACAAGGCCUGGUGGAGAGGUCUCGACAAAGAUGGCCGCCAAGGUCUCUUCCCUUCCAACUAUGUCGAGACCAUCUAAGGACUUCAGUUUUCUUUCAGAGACUUUGUCUCUUUAGCUUCAGUACCAGCACUCAGGGACCAAAAGCUUUGGGGGAUCCAGCAGAGGGAGCGAAAAACAGGCUCUAAGUCUUCUGGCUGUACCACAGUGAAGGUACUAAGAGACUGAUGGGACAAAAGAGAUAAGGAAAUGAUCUGAGAUCAGCGCUUGAGCUUGUGUAUGGUGACGUGAGACAGGUUGCUUGAAGUUAUUCUGAACCAUCUCCAGGUUAUUGUUUUUGUGUAUUUUUAUUACCUAUGAUUUGGCUCAGCAGCACGUUCGAUUCUUUCAGCAGAUUCUUGGUUCUGUUUCUAACACGCAAGUCAGUCAUUGUUCGGAUAUCGACUGAUUUAUGGCUUUGUAACGCUAAUGUUAGAUAUAGUAACUAUCAGCCUUCAUUACAGCUGCAUUUAGAGCAUGUAUCAUUUUAUUGUUUAUCGGGAUGAUCCCUGUAUUACUUAUAAAGUUUCUGCAGUGCUGCUGAGCAGAUUCUGAUCCACUUUUAUAUGCAUUUACAUUAGGCUUAUGCAAUAUUGAUUUUUUUUUUUCCCUGCUUGAGAGUUACCGUUUUAAAAAAUUGAACUAAACAAUUUAAUAGUCCAGGACUGGAAAAGACAAGAAAAUAAGCAUUUCCACUAUUUAAGGUUUAAUAACAUCAGCUGUGCGGUCAGGAACUGCUUGCUGGCAGUGGCAGUUGUGAAAACUCAGCUGGAUGGUGGCGUUUUGGAUGACUCUGGAGUAUGAUAUUAAAUAUAUACUUGUCUAAUGAUAGUAAAGUCAAAGAAAGUGAUAGAUUUUAUUUCAUAUUAAUGACCUCAAGAUGGAGAAAAGGGGGUGGGGCUUAUAAGCGGUAUUGGUUUGUAUCAGAGAGUUUGGUGUACCUGCGCAAAUCAAUCCAGAUUCAUAUGUCAAUUGGCUCAUCUCCCAUUAUAUUGGGAGAAAAAAAAAAGAUGGUUCUUUUCAAGUAUUGUUGAGUGAGAUUUGUACUCGAGUACCCUGAUGUUAAAGUGUGGAGCGCCGAGACAAAGUGCGCAAACGGUGGCAGGUCUGGUAAUAUGAUAUUAUAUUAUAGAAACCAAUGUCACCAGAUAUCAUGGCAUUGUAUUAUCAUGUAGGGAUGAUAAAAUCGUUAUAUCACACAAGCCUAAUGUCCACCCAAAUUCUGCUUCGCUCUGUGUUCUGGGUAAUGCUGAAGUGAGGAUCUUUUUACUAACCGACAUCUGACUGAGGUCAAAUAAAGCAGGACGGUUUUAUACUGUAUUUAUGCUGAGCGAAACAUUUUAAUAGACACAAAUUAAGUACAGGUUCACUGAUGUAAUCCCACACGUACAAAAAAAAUUAUCACCGAUAUGAUAAAUCUAUCCACUAACUUCUCUAGCAUGACAUUUCCCAGCAUGACCCAUUUUCAAAUCUUUCUGUGUCAGAUACUGUUCUGUAAGGAUUGAUCAGAAUUUCACUCUACUAUUUUAUACCUAUUGACCAUCUGACAGUUUCUUGUCUGUCACUUUAUCAGUUAAUUAAAGAUCUAUAUAUUGUA